CGCUUCCAUUGAUUUAGAUGGCCAUUAAUUGCUUGCAACGUCUGCUUUGGAGAUAAACUUCCUGUAAAAAGUUCUUUUAAAUUAGAAAGUUUAAUCCAAGACAGAGGAAUCAUUUACCUUCCUCGUUGGUCGAAAGGUUCUUCGUUUUUGUCGAGUGAUUGUGGUUUGCUUCACUGUCUAAUCAGCUGUACCUAACUUCUAUGUAGCCUUGAAAAAAAUCUUUCCUUUAUAGAGAAUGUAAGAGAUCUCCUUUCACUACAGUAAAGCGUAGACUUACUGGGUGCGAUAUGUCGUUAAAAAAAGAGAUUCAUCCAUAGGUACCCUUCCAACAACAGAAAGUAAACCACGUCAUUGUGGCGCCCUUUCAUAAGGAAGGAAGUGACUACUUUGCGAUAAUGAUCCCCACCGACACCGUUGAAUGUGACCGCAGUACCGUCGCUUACCUUACUUCCGUACUAUUGAUCAUUGUGCGCACAUCUCUUACGGCUUCCGUUUUGUGCUGGUGCCACACUUAGGAUGCAGUGAGUCGUGCUCAAUCUAUCUGGUACGGAAAGGCAAGGCGUGUAUAUUAGACACUGCCGUUAAAUGUCACUUUCGUUGGGCGCGCAGCUACACUGCGACGCGGAUUGCACGCUGGCAAUUGUGAAGUCCAUCGGGCACAGUCAUCGUCGCAUCAACAGCGUUGGUGGAGUAUGCAAAUGCACAACUACACGUUUGAAAUUCAACAUUCAGCGAAAUAGCGUUGAGUUCUUUAAAAAAAAAACAAUAUUCUGCUUAAUACUAUUGGAUGCUCAUUCUGUUUCCAUGUGGUUAAAAGUGAUGAAGCGACAUGGGUGCAAAAGUAUAUGGGUUUUGCGCAUCUCCAUGAAUCGUAUAGGUAUACCUGCACGUACAGCUAAUGAAAACCUGGCGCAGGUUAACCAAGAUUCCUCAAAAUGAGGUAAUUUGUAUGCCCAAAUGACAACAAACGACUAAUAUACUAUGACGUCAUUCGAAUAGAGGUUUCAAUCCAAUUGAAAACAUAAGACUAUAGCUGAAUUCAUUCACUACCGUCGCCAGACUGUCACUAACAUUCUAUGCAAGAAUAAAAUAGACGCGUCAUUCGAUACAAUAUACCAGAAA